GAGUGGAGCGUGGCUAUGGCUCAAAGCAAGCUCGAGCAUGAUCUUCGCAUGUUUCCGAAUUCGGCCGCAGCUUUCUUCUUCUUCUUGCAGCCUCUGAUCUCCAUCUCCAAUCACCGCAGCCGAAGCUUUAAUGACCAAAAAGAAUUCAGUGGAUUGAACAGUGGAAAUACUUCCUUCAUGUCCCUAACUAGCUCGGCGUCCCUUUUCUCCUAUUAGUAACCACUCUCCGGAGAUCGUGGUGCCAUGGGUUUUUCUUCUCGAAAAGCUGCAGUUCUUCCUAGUUGAUUGAUUCCGAGCACCAUUUUCAGCGUGACGCCUCUUUAUCGUGCUUUGCACUGGCGAUGGUCAUGUGGUAGGCUUGCGAUCCUGAGUACGGAGGUACAUGUGAGAGGUUCAGUGCGCAGGCCAAUUGGGAUGGUGGGAGAAUGGUGUGGAGUUUGCAGCUGAUUUCUGCCCUCUCAGGUUCUGUUAGGCUUUGGCAUUCCGGAAUUCGUUCCGAUUGACGCUGUGGAUUUUUGGUUUGGUUGGAUAUCGAUCUUCCGAGCAAGUGCAAUUUCGCUGGCGUCUGUUGCAGUGUGCCUUUCUUUCCAGCUGUUGGGAGGUUGAAUGUUAGGUUGCCUGUCCUGUUGAACUCCACCUCGAUCCGUUCGUGAUGUUGUCUUUCAGAUUCCUUCAUUUUUUCUAGUAGCAGGUCGUCUUCUUCUCGGUUGUAUGCUGAGACUUUCAAAUUCUGUGUCUCAACUGAUUUAAGCUUCUUCCCACCUUUUCUCUAUCUACAACUAGCAGCUCAUUAAUGAGUAUAUCUUGGUUAAAAUUCAGCUGAAUCUCCACGUAGGGAAUUCGAUCCCUAACAAAGCACCUCUUGAGGUACAUAGGACAGUAGUUCAUUUUUUGGCUGCAUUUUUUCAUCUUCACUCAUUGACUUCUGAGUUUCAUUUUUCGCGUCUGAGACAGCUGAGAUUGCCAAUGUAAGUUGGAGUGAGUUGAGAGCGUCUUCUCAACCCUUUCGACGCCAUAAAUUGAUUGGUUUCCGGUUAGUGUUGAGUAUGUACAUCAUCGAUCGGCGUUGGUGUAGGCUGUCGAGGGUACUCGAAUGUUUUAUACUUGCUUGCUCUAAUUCACCAGGGAAUUGCCUUGUCUUCUACCUGACUUGGUCAACCCCUAGCUCGCGUUAAGUGUCUCAGUUCCUCAGAAGCAUAGAAGGGACUGGAAAUGUAAAGUUGUAUUCAGCGUUUGACCCGCUUUGAUGGUUGGGCGACUUCAGCAGAGGAUGGCGUGUGAUGCUUCGUGCGUAUCAAAAAUUGGCAAGCGCAGUCCUCAGAAAGGAUUAAGUUAAGCUUACCGAAACGUUUUUCAGGGGUUUUGGAAGAAACAGAAGGCAUGUGGACGUGCCAGCCUGAAGGGAAACAUGCAUGCACGCAGGAAAUUUCAGAAUGCGUGGGAGAAGAAUAGGAUUGCCGGGUUAAAUUUGCAAGGAGAGGUGAAAAAUCACAAGAAGUUUCUGAACAGCAUUGUACUCCUGCGGAGUCCGGAAGCGUAUCACGCAGACACUUGGAAGCACCACAAAUUAUUCGCUCGGUCGCACUGCAGAGAUUUGUACCACGCAGAUAAAACUGUACUGGCUUACUUGUCAAAAUACUGUAAGGAUACGCUGGUGAAGAAAGAUUGGGAGAGUCCUUCUAAGACCCACAAUGUUCGUUGCUUGGUAUCAGGAGAGCGAAGAGGGGCUGCAAGGGAGAAGACUAUGUAUUACUGGAGAAAAUUUUCGCCUCGUCUUCAGAAUUUGAAUUCUGAUGCUUACAGUCACUAUAGUAGCAUUCAAGCUUCUCGAUCAUCCCGAAUGAUUUUAGGAUGUCAUCAGUUUUAUGGGGUGAAGGUGUCUAAACCUUCGGAUAAAAUACGAGGGAUUUCGAUGCCAGCUAGAAUCAGCGAUUCAUCUUUUUCCUCGACUAGGAAAGGAGGUAAGACGUCUACUACUUUACGCAAGAGCAAAGUUAAGAAGUCUGGCAAAGGGAGACUUCAUAGAGCAGGGGCCACUCAUCAAGGGUGUAGACGGAUUGAAGCCAUGACUCGAACUCCUUCGAAGGCUUCUAACUUGAUUCAGCUUUCACCCCUUGUACUCCGUAGAUCACUAAUCAGAUUUAAAUGGCAUCUUUCAAAAGAGAGGACGUCUGGUCGAGGAUUACCUCGAGGUGCUUUACAUUUGGGCUCCUCGAGUUUUUACUUUUCAGCCAAGAUGGAAAAUGCAGCAAUUAGGAUUCAGGCUCAAUGGCGCAUGUAUUUGGCCACAAACCAAUACCGGUGCCUCAGACAUGCCACUCUCACAAUGCAAAGACGAUGGCGAGAAGAAAAGAGGCUAUCAAGUUCAAUUGCCGUCGUAAUAGAUAGCACCAAGAAGGAAAUGGAUUUUGCAGAUUGCGUGAACUCCGAGGUCGAUGGAGAAAUCAACGAAUCUGACGAGCUUGAUCCGGGAACCCCUUACGAAUCACCAUGCAAGAACUCAAUUGAGAAAGAGUCUCAGAGAAAUCUGAAGGCGGCUGGAUUUGCAGUCAAACGACUUUACGAGGAUAAUAUUUCAGCCAUACAAGAAGAUGAAAUUUUCUCCGAGUUUUUGAGUUUUUUGCCCUGCUCAGAGUAUGACUCCAGAGACAGUGACUUUGUCAACCCUUCCAGGAUCUGCAGCCAAUUACAGGAGGAGAAUGGUUGUAAAAAUCUAGACCCACUUCUGAAUCCGUGGCUAUUUGAUAUGUGCGCUCUGGACGUUCCUGCCUCUUCACCUGCGAAGGAACUCGCUUUUGCUAAAAUUAGCAUAGAUGGAUCAUUGCCUCCUACACCCAUGAAAGAUUGGACGUCCCACAAGCGGGAAGCUGGUGAAUCUUCCCCAGCAGAACCAGAUAUAAAACAUUCUAGUCUCUUAGACUUAUUUGAGCUUCCACACUCCCCAACCAAGGACUGGGCUUCUCCUACCUGUGAAGGUGAGAAGUCCAAUUUCUUUGUUGAAAUAUCGCCUUGCGGGGGAUUUAAAGAGGAUAGACUCCAUCUCCCAAACGAGUGGUUUAUUGACCUUGAUGUGUCGGAUACGCCUGAAAGCUGCUGGGGCACUUCUAUGGUGACAAACGUUUCUUUCACUUCUCCUUCGAAUCCGAAUUCCAAGUCCCAACAUGGUUUGAUAGGUCAGAAGAUGACGUCAUCCUCUUGUCGGGCACUGAUGUGCAUUCCCGAGGAGCCUGACCUCAACGUUUUAACUUUUCACCCAAUCAAGGAAUGUGCUGUGAAAACUCCCAUUAUAGACGAGCCCACCUUUCAAAUAUCCCCCAAGAUCACUGAUCCAUCUCGCUGGAGAGAUAAAGCAUUUUCUAAAGAUGAUGUCGAUAGUUUCAGAUGGGCUCCAUCUGCCAUCGCGCCUUCAAAGAGCUGUGGUUUGGGUUCAUACGUUUCAGUUCCACCUGCUUUAGAAAAUGAACUCCUAGAUGAGCUUAACAAACUUAUGCUAGGCUGCCCAGAUCCUGUUAUGGGUCCAUCAGACGACUCAAGGUCACUGGCCAGCUCUUGUGAGUCUGCCAAUGACUUCUAUAUGACCAGAUCGGUCCGAUCAUUUCAAACUAAAACAGUUAAUACAGCUAACGAUGAGACUUUCGUUAGCAGCAUUUUCUCCUUUGAAUCAGCAAGGAAGCUUGAUUUUUGUUUGAAGGAUGAACAUGGCCCGGAAGUUUUACAGCCAGCUACAUCUCCUAGCCAAGGGGCAGAGAAUGUUCUUGAUGGCAAGGAGCUUCUCGAGAUUUACGAAGAACUGGAUGAUUCUCCAGCUUCUAAAGACUCACGAAGUUACAGUAAAAGACGCCUGAGUACAGUGACCGAGUUUUUGCAGCCUGUGGAGCAAAAACUUGACAAUGGUGCGAAUGGCUUCGAAUCUUCUCCAAGAAGGGAUUCAAAGAGGUCAUUAAGUGAAGUCUCAAUCAUUAAGCAGCAGGAUCCAGGAACUCCUCAGCUGACUGCAUUUGCGGACGAAGGCAACUUUUGUGAUAAGGCUGUAGAUGGUAACGUCGUUGCUACGAAGCAUACACCGCAACAUCAAGGUAGCGACCUCUCGUCUGACAUCUUUUAUGCCUCCUCUGUGGUAUGGGAUGUAGCAGCCGCUGACGACUCCCCUAAACGAAUGUCGUUUGUACAAUUGGGAGAGCCUGUCGUCAAUUGUCUUACCAUGGAUCGGUACCUCACCGACUUCAGUAACCACUAUAGUAGCUUUAUCAAACCCAAAGUACAGCGGUCUAAUCACCCGAUUUCAAGGUCUUGUGAAGCAAUUGGCAUAUCAAAACCUACUCUGCCUUCAAGAAGUAGGCGAAUCUCCUUCGACCAGAUAAGAUACGAUGGUGAUACACAUUUCACGCCACCAGAGGAAAAAGGUCCGUUACUUGGAAAGAGAAAUCUCUGUGAUAGAUUGCUUCACACCAGCCCCGUUACUCCUGAUGAUCAGUGCUUAAAUGUUUCGCCGCAUGCUUCAAGCUCUGCCGCACUUUGUAAUCUUGACAGAUCCAGCGCUUCGUCGGUUUCAAAAAAACAUUUUCUUCAGAGUCCGUAUUCAAAAAUUCAAGGCAAAUUUGGCUCUGAUACUGAAAGUGUUACAUCUUCACGAACCUUGCAUCCGGGGAAGGACUCGUUGGCUGAGGUCGAGAAGGGAGGGUCUGGAAAGCGUGCUAGGACACUGUUCACUAACCAGGAAUCGUCAACACCCAGGGUUGGAGAUGAUUGUUUGAACUCUUAUAGUCCUCAAUACUCUUGUUUCAAGGUUAAUUAUGAAGACAUGGUUGAUCGUAGGGGCAUUCAGCAUUCUUGGGGACCAGAGAAUCUUUCUGGUCCUCUGUUUCUUGCAGAAGAAUCUGAUUGCAAUUUUAGGAAAAGCACUGGAUCUGCUUGGGAUUGCGGGUUGAUUUCUGAUUGUGGAAUGAUGACGGAUGAUGGAUUAAGGCGUCUCGAGAGUCGUGGACCGUCCUUGCAUGAUCUGUGCAAAGUAUGGGAUGAGGAGUGUAUGGACCUUGUGACAAGAUCCCUCAAAUACAAGAGCUUGAUGACGAAUCCUAAUUUACUCCGCCACGAGGUUAAGCUAGCAUUCGAGAAGCCAGAGCCCACCAGCUCACAAUCAGCAGCGUGGGAGAUUGAGAACAUCGAGAGGCUGUUGGAGAAACUGGAGACCAGAGAGUCACAUAAAGAGCUUAUCAAGCAGCAAAGAGAUGCUAUUUACAUAAAUAUAGCAACAAAUGCAAGUAUGCGAGAUCGGUAUCGUUUGUACAGUAAGUGGGGUAUUCGCAGGCUGUCAAGGGGGAGAUUGAGGAAGGUCAUCUACGACUUGCUCUGGAAAGAUCCUAAAAGAUAUCAUGCCAGCGCGGAUCUUGUACUUCAGUAUCUGUAGUCCUUUUAAAUUAGAAUGGCAUUUAAUUGAGUGCCUCGAACUGUUCAUUGUCCCAGAUGAACAAGUUAGUAGAUGCGAAUCGCACUCGCAAGAAGUGAUCAACAGGUACAGAAGUUGCAGAUUUUUUUGUAGUCAUUAGAUUAUCGUCCCUCUGCGCAUGACGCACACUGGUUAAGCUUUUUAAUGCCAUAAUUACACUUGACAUGGGUAUCUCAGAGAAACCCAUGGUGCGGCGCAUUGGAUGUCUUUGUUAAGUCAUUAUCGUGAUUGCCCACCUGAAAUGAAAAGCCGGCUCCAUGGAUCUGUUUGCCAUCUAUUGCGAUGGUGGUUAUUGAGCCUGGUAGCCUUGUGAAUGAU